UCCUUCACUGUGCCCUAUCUUUUCCAGGCAGAUGCUUCAUGCUAGUUGGUGGGAGAGGGCUAAAGUACGCUAGCUUUGACAGGGUGAAGGACGCUUCACAACAUAAAAUCGGUGCAAUGGCUGUUCCUCCUUCAUAUUCAGACCUGGGCAAGGCUGCCAAGGAUAUAUUCAGCAAGGGCUAUGUCUUCGGCAUUGUGAAGCUGGACCUGAAGACCAAGUCUCAGAGCGGAGUGGAGUUCAACACAUCAGGGUCCAGUAACACAGACACGGGGAAGGCAGCAGGUAACCUGGAGACCAAGUACAAGAUGAAGGAGCUGGGCCUGAGCUUCAACCAGAAGUGGAACACUGACAACACCCUGGCUACAGAGGUCACUGUGGAGGACCAGCUUGCUCAGGGACUCAAGGUGGCCCUGGACACAUCCUUCGUACCAAACACAGGCAAGAAGAGUGGCAAGCUGAAGACUGGCUACAAGCGUGACUUCCUUAAUGUGGGCUGUGACGUUGACUUCGAGGGUCCCAUAAUCCACGCAGCAGCCGUGGUGGGCUAUGAGGGCUGGCUGGCCGGGUACCAGAUGGCCUUCGAUAUGGCCAAGUCCAAACUGGCCCAGAACAACUUCGCCCUGGGAUACAAGGCUGGAGACUUCCAGCUCCACACCAACGUUAAUGAUGGGACUGAGUUUGGAGGUUCUAUCUACCAGAAGGUGGAUGACCAGCUGGAGACGGCGAUCACUCUGGCCUGGACGGCCGGCAGCAACAACACACACUUCGGCAUCGCAGCCAAAUACGCUCUGGACAAAGACGCUUCCUUGUCUGCCAAAGUGAACAACGCCAGCCUGAUUGGAGUCGGCUACACCCAGAGCCUCAGGCCAGGUGUGAAGGUGACUCUGUCAGCCCUGAUCGAUGGGAAGAACUUCAACACCGGCGGUCACAAGGUGGGCCUGGGCUUCGAGCUGGAGGCAUAGAGCGGCGUGAACAAGACCCACCAACCAAGAGAAGAGCCCAGAACCAAUCACCCCCCCCAUUCCCAACCACACACACCCUACCACAGCCCUUAUCCAAAACCAUCAUCAUGUAGCCUCUCCAUUCCCACCCCUCUCUCUCACACACCACAGUCCCUUUACACGCACACACACACAUUGAGUGUUUUGGCAGUAGUAGUCAAACCUGUGGCCGCCAUGUCCAUCUUGAAUAAAGUAGCUAAAAUACAUGAAUGAAUACAUAGACUGAGAGAGACAUUCUGUAAUGUCAUGGCCAUUAUAUUCUAGUCUUUUGGUUUAGUUA